CCUUUCUCUUUGUUUAUCACUUUUUUUAUUUGCAUUUCCUUAAUUAAAAAUGCCUAGAGGCGACGUAUUCUUAAACGAUGGGCAAAACAAGGCAAUGUUUCUCUUCCAUUACAUACCCAACAAACCUUUGGCCUAUACUGCUUUGGCAGUCUAUGCGCUAUUCACCAUCUAUCUGACGUUCCGUGUAUACCGAUCUAAAAGUCCCAAAUUUCUGUACAUUUUGGCCUUUACGGGCCUCAUGGAAACUAUUGGUUACGUGGUUCGAAUUAUUUGUGCUAAUUUUACUGAUCUGGGCAGAUAUAUUGGAACUACACUUUUUAUUCUUUUGGCACCCAACGCAUUAGCUCUCGUCAAUUACAAAGCAGUAGGGGAAAUCAUUCGUUUGUCUAACGUCGAGACCGAUAAAUUCUAUCUUCGCACCAAAUUCGUGACAUGGUUCUUUUUUGGCAGUGAUAUAUUUUCAUUUGUUUUACAGGGUGCCGGUGGUGGUAUGCAAACAAUUACUCGAUUGAAUAAUGUGGGUAUUGCUAUCACGCUUGUGGGUCUUGGUACACAAUUAUUCUUUUUCGCCGCUUUUGCUUGCAUUACUGUCUAUGUACAUCGUCGUCCCGAAUAUAAUUAUCAUGUAGAAGGAUCACCCAAUGCCAAAAGAAAUCUGGUUUAUUGUCUUUACGUUACCAUAGCUUUGUUAUAUAUCCGGUCAAUUUAUCGUGUAGCCGAAUAUGCUACCGGAUACAGUGGUCCAAUUGCUAGAUUAGAGUGGGCUUUUUACGUUUUCGAUUCAUUGAUUAUUGCCAUCAGUUUCCUCGUAUAUAGUGUCUUUUUCAUCGGUAAUUAUCUUCCUAAACACGAUGCUGUCCAAUUAUUCGACGAUAAAGUGUCUGUCUCUCCAUCAAGCUCAACAGAAAAUGAUGAUCGAGAUGUCGAACUUAAUAAAUACUAAAAGCUUAUAUUUUAAACUACUCUCAAAUACACUAAUAUCAUUUAACGUUAAAUAAUAAUAGCAAUGUACACUUGUUGUGCUUAUUUUUAUUUCGCGGGUUUCAUGGAAACUUGUCAUAUGUACUCAUUUCAUGAGCCGUAUAAAUAUGAUAGCUUUCAAUGGCAAUUAGGCAAGUC